ACUUCAAUCCGCUUCAUGCCCCCUUAGAAUCUCAAGCCCUCCUUACAAACCCAAAACAGCAAAACUGUACUAAUAAUCUGUUUAUUUAUCGUCGUCUUCUGAUGUCGCUCUAGGCAACAACGUAUGCUGGAGACAAACUCUACGGAGCAAACCUCCGAGACUCCGACCAUGGAUAGCUGGGCUGAUGUGGCUGCCAGCAUCGACAGGUUGGAGUUGACAUGGAUAAUGGAUUGCAAUGUCUCUUUCAUAAAGCUGUGGCCUGUGGGAAUGUCACAUGUGAAUUUAUCAUGUACUUUUGUAGGGACUCAAUGGAGCCGAGUUGCUAUGAGAGGAUCGCGGCCCUGAGGAGCAUCGGGGAUCAGUGCGUCUAUGCGGAUGAAUUCCGGCUCCUGCUCCAGAAGAAGAAUGCUCCCAUUUGCUACGUUUGGUUUGAGCCAACCCCCUGGAUGGACAUAACCCAGGGGCUUUUGAAGACAAUUUAUGUCAACAAGAUGGUCAAAGCUGGUUACAUAGUUAAAAUAUUGAUAGCAGAUUGGUUUGCCCAACGGAACCAUAGGAUUUGCAGCAAUAAAUAUGUAAUAAGGAAAAUUGGCUGCUACAAUAUUGAGAUGUGGAAAGCAGCUGGCAUGGAUCUUGACAGAGUAGAGCUUGUAUGGUUCUCAGAUGUGUUGGAAAGGCAUGCAUCUGAUUACUGGCCAGUUGCCCUGGAUGUCUCCAGAAAAUGCACUCUAAAAAGAAUGGCAAGCUGUUGCACGGAAACAGCCCCAUAUGACCCGCGACUGCCUGCUGCUGUGAUAUUUUACCCAUGCAUGCAAGUUGCUGCUAUAUUAUGUCCGAAGGCGGAUAUAUGGCUCUUCAGCAUGGAUCAGCAAGAAAUUGUCAUGCUAACCAGAGAGUAUUGUGAAGACAUAAAAAGCGAAAGCAAACCAAAUACACUACCUAAUUUAGUAGAUAAUCCUUAUAUUGUACUAAAGGACCCUUAUAACAUGAGGGAACCAAAAUGGAACAUCUUCAUGCACGAUAAGGAGUGCGCUUUGAAUGGAAAAAUAAGCAGGGCUGUCUGUCCUCCAAAAGUAGCAGCAUGCAACCCAUGUUUGGAGUACAUCAAAUAUGUUAUCUUCCCUUGGUUUGGGAAGUUUGAGGUAGCGCAGAAGGAACAGAGUGGUGUUAACAAGUCAUUUGAAUGCAUGGAAGAUCUUAUUGUUGAUUAUGAAAGUGGCGAUCUUGAUCCUCUCGACGUUAAGUUGGCUUUUGAAAAAGGAAUAUGCAAAAUAUUAGAGGUAAUUAUUGCUUCAGGUAGUAUCCUUGUGCCAGGUUCUCUCCUGGCGCCACCACUCUCCGUCGCUGCUGCAUUGGUCCAGGGAGGAGCAAUCUCCACUCCUGGUGGCGGCAUCGAUCUUUAUCUAGAUGUAGUGGUAGCUCGUUCCUUCUUGUCUCAUGUGGCCAUGUGUUCCUUUGGCGAGCUUCUCUCGUAUCCCUAUGGUAGCAGCAGCUUCUCUUCGUCUUCCUCGACAGCAAGGUCGUCUUCGCGGACCAAACUGUCCGGGUGUGUAUCCUUUGUCCUCUCCUCAUUUCUGGCAUUGAUUUUGUUUGGACUUGAGCUCAUUAUCGCUGUCAAUCUCCAUCCUCGUCUGAUCUGAUCGACUUGGAGGCAUGGUUUGGCCAUCUGCAUCACCAUUCUGGCCGGAUCUGUUGAUGCCAGGUUGUGACUUUCUAACUCGUCUGGACCGUGCUGCCCGGUAUCCUCUAGGUAACAGGCGGCUCAUCUUCUUCUACUGCCACUUGUCGCUGGGCUACAUUAGCACGCCCUUGGGUGGUAGAAGCUACCCUGCAGGCUUGGCCCAUUGCAGCAGUAGCCCUUCCCGUCGUCGGCAGCUUCCCCAGAUCAGAGCUUGUUGCUGCUCUUUAUCCAGCGUCAUCGCCAGCCCGUGCAUAUCAAUAUAUCAUUACCAGCUCCCGGAACCGUCCUGCUGAUGCUGGUGUGUCGCAGUCGCUGCCACACACCAGAGGAAGAGCUGACUGCAAGUUGCGACGCUAUCACUUGUACUGGGUGUCGGGCCUUGCUGCGAUGUUGAUGCUGGGUGAGGUUCUUCUGCACUGGGUCAUUUUUGCCAUGGUUCUACUGUCAUGUUUGCUCGAUGGUUUGUAGGGCUGGUUAUAUGUGUGCUGGUGUGCUGCUUCAGUUCUGCCUGCUCUUCUCCUCUGUUGUGCUGCAUCUUCGUCCAUAAUCACUGUUGCUGCAUCUUUGUGUCCAUUGCCAUCGUGUCCAUCAUCCAUCUGACUCCAUCCAAGUCAUCUCAUUUUGAAUCUGUCUGCAUGGUGGGGAAUUCAUCCAUUUCACCGUAAAUCAUUUAGUCGCUUUUUUGGGGGUUUCCCAUGGUCUUUUCAAUUGAAUCGAGCUCGGUGCCCCUAUCAUUGUUGUUGAUGUGACUUUGCCCUCUCGAUCCUUUCUGUAGCCUUUUUUGUGAUCUGACGUUGUCCGUCGCCUUCUUACUGGUCACUUGUUGCUACUUUCGACAUACAGUAUCGCUUCCUUAUCACCAUCUGCACGACUUGGACAGAUUGUCCCUUUCAUCUUGGUCAGGAGCACCUUCGUUGGCUAAAUUAAGCAGAUAUUUAUUCUUGUUGGUUUCCAACAUCUCCAACCAAGUUGUCUGAUGAACAAUCUGUGAAAGCUUUGGAUUACCAUUUUGGAGAAGUUGGUACAUUGGAAUAUUAAGGGUAUAAGUGGGUGGCACCUCUAAUGUUUAAGGGUAAGCACUUGAAAGUAUGAGGGUAGUACCUAAAUUCAGUUGCUUAAUUAACAAAAAACAUCCAGUUUAAAGGAUUGAUGUUGAAAUGGUGUUUUGUGGCAUGUCCUUUUUGAACCAGUAGAUGAACUUCUCGCCAAAAAAAAUUUCAGUAGAUGAACUGCUGAGGGGGAUUUGAUGGGCGCUUUCAGAUAUUUAAGAUUUAUUUUUUGUUCAGAUUUUUUUAUAGUUUCCUGUGGUAAUAUCCAGGCAUAUUUAAUAUAUAUACGCAAGUUUAAGUACAUGCCUACUGUUUUUUCUGCAGUACCAAAAUUAUUCGAGCACAGGAUAGCUAGAAACUUAGUAGAAAUGGUGUCACUCAAAAGUUUCGCUACCAAAUUUAUGUAACAUCGAAACCAAGUCAUGUGCCAGAACCAUGACAUGAUUUUGAUCUUAUGAGUUUCAACUAUAGCCUACCCCAACUUGUUUGGGACUGAAAGGCUUUGUUGUCGUUGUUGUUGUAUUAUUUGUAUGCAUGUGCAGACUUUAAAAAUAUAUUUAUUUGGACACCUAAAUGUUUUCCUAAAUAAAAUUAGCUAUUUUGUUUUUAUUUCCAGCAACACUCUGUCCUGUUCUGAUAAUUCAUGCCUACAGUUUUUCCUUAAUUCCAGCAUGUUGGUACCUGCCUGAACAGCA